AUGGCCUCUCUCUAUAUAUGUCUUUUUUUUUUUGUUCCCACGGAGCGGCUGAUUGAACUGCGGUGUUGUUGUUGUUGUGGUGGUGUUUUUUUGUUGUCUUUUUUUCCCCUUGUCAGGGUGUACGCUACGCAGAAGAUGAUGCGUCUGAAACUCAAUCUCCUCGACCAUGUGUUUGCCAACCCCUUCAUGAACGCCGCGGGUGUUCUCUGCAGCACCGAGGAAGACCUGCGCUGCAUGACAGCCUCCUCCAGCGGCGCACUUGUGUCGAAGAGCUGCACGAGUGCACCUCGCGAUGGUAACCCCGAGCCGCGUUACAUGGCCGUUCCACUUGGGAGCAUCAAUUCUAUGGGGCUGCCUAACCUGGGCUUUGAUUUCUAUUUGAAAUACGCAAGCGAUCUGCACGAUUACAGCAAGAAGCCGCUUUUUCUCUCCAUUUCAGGUCUUUCCGUGGAGGAGAAUGUGGCGAUGGUGCGCCGCCUUGCCCCUGUGGCGCAGGAAAAAGGUGUAUUGUUGGAGUUGAAUCUUUCCUGCCCGAAUGUGCCCGGCAAACCGCAGGUGGCCUAUGACUUUGAGGCGAUGCGCACUUACUUGCAGCAGGUGUCGUUGGCAUAUGGAUUGCCCUUUGGGGUGAAGAUGCCGCCGUACUUCGAUAUUGCACACUUUGAUACGGCUGCUGCUGUCUUGAAUGAGUUCCCACUUGUCAAGUUUGUGACGUGUGUAAACAGUGUCGGCAACGGCCUUGUUAUUGAUGCGGAGAGUGAGUCUGUUGUCAUCAAACCCAAAACAAGGGUUUUGGUGGUCUUGCGGGCAAGUAUAUCUUCCCUACAGCGCUGGCGAACGUGA